CGUCAACAGAACAUUAUCAAUGAAUUCACUGACUGCAACUAUACACACGAUUAGUUACACCCACUUUUAUAAGAAUCACAAAGCAAGAGCAAUGGACGUACUCGCGUAGCACGUCCUGCCACACCAUCAAAGGUGACUCUGACCAACUGGGUACGCCUGAACAACGCCCUCUCUCUCCUACCGAGAGUAUCAGCCGUCCAAUGGAAUGACUACGUCUUUGUGCUAGCUAGUGACAGUACAGCACUGCUCUAUCACAUUACAAAUGACAUAUGGUCUCUUCUAAUAAGCUGCAAAGAACAACUACCACCAGAAGGUCCCCCACCACUAGCCCUGUACAAAGGUGAAGUUGUAACAGCAUCCAUCAAUGGGACGGUGUUAUGUUAUAGUAAACGUGCAAGCCAGUGGAAGGAGCGUCCGGAGCUUAAAAUGGAAUUGGAAUACAGCUACAUUUACUCAAUUGCAAUGAUGAGUGAUAGCCACAACUUAUAUGUUAUCAUGUACUGCGGUAGCCAAGUAAAACAAACUACUCACUAUCAGGUAUGCCACGUCCUUAGCUACAGUUCUGGCCAUAGUUGGAAAAAGAUCGGUGACAUUGAAACUCCAUCCAAUGUUUCCAAUAUUACCCUUGAGUCAGCAGCACUGGCUGGCUCUUCCUUGUACAUUCAAUAUGGGGGGAAGAUGUACAAAGUAGCAAUCAAAGGCUUGAAAACUGCCGAGCUAGUAUCACCAGCAAAGAAACAAAAAACAGAAGAAGUUGUGCAAAUGACAACACCAAACAUGCCUCUUUUAAAUGGAUCCACUCUCCACGCAAUUAAUAACAAGCUAUUCUCUUUCGGAGGGCGGGACGAGGACAACCAACCAACAUCUGACGUGUUACGAUAUAACCCCGACACUGACACCUGGGAGAGUGCCGGCUAUAUGAGGAGCUGUAGAUACAAUGUUGCUGUGGUGAACGUUGAGAUUGGUACGAAGAAAGAAGUUUUCGUACUUGGAGGAAGCUUUGGGAGCAAGAGCUUACAGACACCGCUCAAGGUUCACGCAUCGACAACAUCAAGCACGACAUCAUCGAACGAUGAUUGGGAAUGUUCCACAUCGAUGAUGGAGAAGUGUCCAGUGUAGUGACCAUAGUACAGAGUCACUGAGUUACUGUAUAGCCAAUACGAUAGCUGGAGAUAAUUGCACAUGUUUUGUAAAGAAAAGAUUGACAAUUGCUUUACUUGCUACAGUAUAGCACAUGAUCAAUUAACGAAUACACUUCCCAGACUACAUGGAGCACACCUUGUCCGGGAAGUGUAUUUCAAUGAAUUCACUCACUGCAACUGUACACACGAUUAGUUACACCCACUUUUAGUUCAAAAUCACGAAACAAGAGCGGCAAUGGCUUCACUAGACCCUCCCCCUGUCACACCAUCGAAGGUGACUCUGACCAACUGGGUACGCCUGAACAACGCCCCUCUCCUCCUACCGAGAGCAUCAGCCGUCCAAUGGAAUGACUACGUCUUCGUGCUAGCUAGUGACAGUACAGCACUGCUCUAUCAUGCUAAACACGGGAUGUGGUCCAUGCUACCAAAAUGUCCGAUCGAGCAACUCGAUGGUGCUCCACCAAUAACAGUGCACAAAGGAAAGGUUGUCACACUUUUUUGCUGAACCCCAGUGAACCCUAUUCAGUUAGGAGAUAUGCUUGCUACAAAUGUUGAGAGCACUGCAUCUUUCAUAUACAUCUGGGCGAGUUCUAACCAGGACCUCAGCUGGAGAAACACUAUAGCUAGCCAUAGAGACCUUGAGCAACGUACAGAGCUAGCUAAACAGUCAGUUACAAGCGUUCUACAAGCCUAGAGUUUGUCGUGGCAAGGUCGCGAUAAACUGCCAGCUAAGCAAACGUCAUCACAACGGAAUUUAAUUAAAAAAAGUGUCGUACCUCCUCUAGACCAGCAUUAUAGAGAAAUGCACAGUCAACUAAACUAAGAACAAAACAUACAACUAGCUAGUGUUUAAAUUUGUAGCAAAGAUUAUAUAUUGUGGGAUUGCCAUAUAUAGUCACAUUUAUUUUCUUUCAAUCACGUGAUGCGAACCCAAGAGCUACAGCAAAAAAAAGGCAGGUGGAUACAAUGACAAUAAAGAGAUUGCAUGUACUGUAACAUGUGCACACAUUAAGUGCAGUAAACUGAAACAAAACAAACAUUACGCAAUAAUUAUUACACAACUAUAAAUAAAAAUAACUGAUUUUAUUGCCAUUUAUGACUAACAGCUAUCUCAAUCAUGUGAUACAUACAUAACAUGGUAUAUAUAAUUAGCAUGUGAGUAACUUUUAAAGCUCUACAACAAGAACAAUAAGAAUGGCCACUUUCUACUUCGGCUCAAAAACGAUAGAACUGACCAACUGGGUACGCCUGAACAACGCCCCCCUCCUCCUACCGAGAGCAUCAGCCGUCCAAUGGAAUGACUACAUCUUCGUGCUAGCUAGUGAUGGCACAGCACUGCUCUAUCAUACUACAAAUGACAUGUGGUCUGUUCUAAUAAGCUGCAACGAAACACUACCACCAGAAGGUCCCCCACCACUAGCCCUGUACAAAGGUGAAGUCCUAACAGCAUCCAUCAAUGGGACGGUGCUGCGUUAUAGUAAACGUGGAAGUCAGUGGAAUGAGUGUCCGGAGCUUAAAAUCCAUUUAUAUUACAGGAACACUUACUCUAUUGCAAUGAUGAGUGAUAGAAGCAACUUGUAUGUUAUCAUGUACUGCGGUAGCCAACCCAAACCAAGAGGUUUAUUAUUCAGCUUUCAGGAAUCUUGCCACGUCUUUAGCUACAGCUCUGGCCAUAGUUGGGAACAGAUCGGUCACAUUCGAGAUUCACAUAAUGGUUCCCUUGAAUCAGCAGCACUGGCUGGCUCUUCCUUAUACAUUCAAUAUGGGGGGAAGAUGUACAAACUAGCAAUCAAAGGCUUGAAAACUACCAAGCUAGUAUCACCAGCAAAGAAGCAAAAAACAGAGCGAAUGACAACACCAAAAAUACCUCCUCAAAGAGGAUCCACUCUCCACGCCAUUUACGACGAGCUAUUCUCUUUCGGAGGGCGGGACAAAGACAACCAACCAACAUCUGACGUGUUACGAUAUAACACCGACACUGACACCUGGGAGAGUGCCGGCUACAUGAGGAGCUGUAGAUACAAUGUUGCUGUGGCAAACAUUGAGAUUGGUAUGAAGAAAGAAGUUUUCGUACUUGGAGGAAGCUUUGGGAGCAAGAGCUUACAUACACCGCUCAAGGUACAUACACCGACAACAUCAAGCACGACAUCAUCGAACGAUGAUUGGGAAUGUUCCACCUCGAUGAUGGAGACGUGUGCAGUAGUACAAAGUUACUGAUUUACUGUAUACAGUAUAUGUAGUUGUUAUUGAUGUUUAAGAUAGAGACAUAUUGCACAGCUUUUGCAAACAGAUCAAGAUAGUUUUGUAACAAUAUACAAUUCUCGAUAAAA